CCCUUCUCAUCUUCAGCCACCAUGUCUCUAGGCCUUCUGCUUUCUGUACUGGGGCUUGUGGUGCAGACUCAAGCAAUGACUGUAAGUGAACCGCAGGAAUUCAAACAAUAUGAAGUGGUUUAUCCUCAAAAACUACAUGUCAUGCAAAAAAGACAGAUCCAAGAGAGCCCAAUGGAGCCUUAUGACAACGAGGAAAAAUAUGAACCUGAGGUGCAAUAUCAAAUUACAUUAAAUGGGGAAAACAUGGUUUUUCAACUACACCAAAACAGUGACCUCCUAUCUCCACGCUACACAGAAACAUAUUACUCAUCUGACGGAAAGAAGAUCACCACCAGUCCUGAGGCCACGGAACGCUGUUAUUACCAAGGUCACAUCUUGAAUGAGAAAGACUCUGUGGCCAGCCUCAGUCUGUGUGGGGGGCUGAGGGGCUUCUUCAAGCACCGUAAUCAAAGCUACCUAAUAGAGCCUCUGAAAGGUGGCAAGAAAGAGGCACAUGCCAUCCUGAAAUAUGACUAUGUGGACCCCACAAACCAGACCUGUGGAGUAAAGAGCUCAGACCAGAAGCACAUCCUCACCCGGAACCCUAGAGCAAUCUCUGACCUAAAUAAUUUUCUUACAUCUCCAAAAUAUAUCAGACUUUUCUUGGUCCUGGAUAAAGCUUUUUAUGAUAUGCACAAAGGAAAUCAGACCUCAAUAAGAAAUUUUCUUUUCAAUGUGGUCAACCUCCUCAAUGUGAUCUAUAAUACCUUGGAUGUUCACGUGGCCUUGGUGGGCAUGGAGAUCUGGUCAGAUACUGAUAAGAUUAAGGUGGUACCACAUGCACAGAGUACCUUCAACAAAUUCUUGAACUGGCACAGCGGAUGGAAGGGAAAGAAGCAUGACCAUGCUCAGCUGCUCAGUGGAAUUGCCUUCAGCAAAAAACAAGUGGGAUCUGGGGCCUCAAACUCCAUGUGCAGUUUACGUUCUGUUGCAGUGAUUGAGGCAUGGAGGAAAAACGCAGUGUCACUAGUAGGAGUGAUGUCUCAUGAGUUGGGUCAUGCCCUCGGAAUGCCUGAUGUGACUCAUGAGACCAAAUGCCCCUCUGGGAGCUGUGUGAUGAACCAGUACCUGACCUCUAAAUUCCCAAAGGACUUCAGUGAAACUGCCCUCAAAUCUUUUAAAAAAUACCUCUUGCAUCAAAAACCAAUGUGUCUUCUCCAAGCACCAGCCCCAGAAGACAUAAUAAGCAAUCCAAUCUGUGGGAAUAAACUCAAGGAAGUAGGUGAAGAUUGCGACUGUGGGACACCCAAGGAAUGCACAAACCCUUGCUGUGACGCAGAGGCAUGCAGAUGGAAGCCUGAGACCCAGUGUGAAGGACACACAACAGCACGUGCACGUUGAGGCAACUGAGGCUCAAUGAGCUGAAGGGACCUAUCUACCCAAGGUUAUAGAAUCCACCCAGGAGAGGAUGUGAGAUGGGAACUCAAUUUCUUCUAAGUCCAAGGCUGUCUCCAUCAUACUAUGGUUUGUUUUGGGAGAUGAAGAAGAGUUAUUGGUGAAAACAAGAAAGAAAUGAUUUGAACUUGCUUCUCCUUUAAUCUUUAGGAUAUGCUUACAGUCUUCACAAAUGUACAUUUAACAUUUUACC